AUGGAAUUAUUGUGUUAAUAAUAGUUCGGUUUUCUGGUACUUCCUGGAAGUGACAUACAGAACUUUUUUCCUUUACUUGCAUGUAAAAGGUUGAAUGGAACCGCGUGGUAGAGGACGGGCCUACGGCCGGGCGCGUGGACAGGCCGGCGGCGCCCCGCAGCAGCAGCACCAACGACCGGGCCCCCCGCAACCCAGGCCUCAGCAGCCGCGGCCGCAGCAACCACCGGGCGAUCACGGCGCACGUGGUCCUUCGCAAGCCGGCGCACGUGGUCCUCCGCAAGGCGCGUGGGGCGUGCGCCCCCCGCAGCCUGCGGUCGCUGCAUGGCCCCGACCCCAGAUGGGGGGCCCCUCGCAUCAGCAGCCACCGCAGCCCGCAGCCGGCCGCGGCGGUAGACAAGGGGAAGCAGAAGGAGCCAUUCCUCGAAAAGUCGUUGGAGAGGGAGAAGGCGCCGGGAAUAACGACGGUCGUGGCGGCAGCAGCGUCCGGGGACGUGUGACGAACCGCAGAGAAAUUCUCUACACCAGGCCGGACACAGUCACCGACAACAAAAAAGGAACGAGCGGAAACUCGAUCAAUUUAUUGUCGAAUUAUUUCCCGCUUCUUCAGAAGGGUACGUGGUGCUUGUACCAAUAUAGAGUUGAUAUGGCGCCAGAUAUUGAUCACACCGGAAAGAGAAAAGGUUUGGUGCGAGAAGCUACAAGGGAAUUGUUAAGAGGGGGCUACAUAUUUGACGGGACCGUUUUGUACACCCCACAAAGAAUACACAACGACUCCGUGGAGCUUUUCGCCAAUGACGGUCAAGAAAACAUACGAAUUACGAUUAGAUUGGUGGGUGACUUGGCGCGUGGUGAUAUUCAUUACCUCCAAGUGUUCAACAUCAUCAUCCGAAAGUGUUUGGCUUUGAUGGGUUUGCAGUUGAUAGGGCGCAAUUAUUUUAUGCCCGAUGCUAAGAUUGUACUCUCUGAACACAAAAUCCAACUGUGGCCAGGGUACUUCACGUCGAUGAGACAGCACGAAUCCGACAUCCUCUUGAAUGUGGAUCUCCAAUUUAAGCACAUGCGCACUGACAACGUGUACGACUUACUGUUGGAGUGCCAAGGUCCCAAUGCCCGUCGGGAGUUCACCAGUAGAAUCAUCGGUGGUGUAGUUCUCACCUAUUACAACAAUAAAACGUACAAAAUCGACGAUGUCGAUUUUCAGUCCACACCCGCUAGCACAUUCAAGAUGAAGGACGGUACAGAAAUAACCUACAAAGAUUAUUUCGACAGGAAAUACAGCGUCCAGAUCCGCGUAAGAGAUCAGCCGUUGUUGGUUUCUCGCAGUAAACCGAGAGAAAUCAGAGCCGGGAUGGCCGAAACUAUAUAUUUGGUUCCUGAACUUUGCCAGAUGACUGGCCUGACUGACAAACAGCGAGAGAAUUUCAAUUUGAUGAAGACUCUCUCGAAUCACACGCGCAUCGGCGUGGAAUCGCGUAUUAGGAAGCUGCUCGAUUUUUCGAGAAAGAUACACAGUAAGCCCGAGGUCGUGCAGGAGAUCCGUAGGUGGGACCUCAACAUCGGCGAAAACCUCGUCAGGUUCCAGGGAAGGGUUUUGUCUCCGGAAGGUUUGGUCGGCGGAGGAGACAGCCGCUAUUCGGGCGGAAGUCAAGCCGAUUGGACCAGGGAAUUGAGGUCUAAACCGAUGCUGCAUUCCCCGAAAAUGGAGCGUCUGGCGGUUCUGUGCCCGUCCAAGUUCAAGAACCCAGCCCAGGACUUCCUCCAGCUCCUGGCCAAAGCCGCCGGCGGCAUGCGCUGGUCGAUCGGAAGUCCAAAGAUCUUCGAAAUUCCGGACGAACGCGCAGGCAGUUACGUCGAUAAGGCCGAAGAGAUCAUCAAUAAGUCCCAACCGACCCUAAUCUUGACCGUUCUGCCGAACAAUUCGAACGAUAGGUACGGCGCAGUCAAGAAGAAGUGCUACGUCGACAGAGGUGUGCCUACCCAGAUGUUCGUUGCGCGAAACUUCACGAACAAGGGCCUAAUGAGCAUCGCCACGAAGGUGGCCAUUCAGAUGAACUGCAAAAUCGGGGGCGCGCCCUGGUCGGUAAUGAUCCCGUUGACCCACCUGAUGGUUGUGGGAUACGACGUCUGCCGCGACACUGCCAAUAAGAAGAAGAGUUUUUCGGGGAUGGUGGCGUCCCUCGACCGCCAGAUGACGCGGUAUUACAGUAUUACUUCCGAGCAUAAAAUGGAAGAAGAGUUGAGUGACAAUUUCGCGACCUUCAUGGUUAUGGCGUGCCAUAAGUUCAAACAAGUUCAGGGGGUUUAUCCUGAUCGUAUUUUGAUAUAUAGAGACGGCGUGGGUGCCGGGCAGCUUCCUUACGUUUUGAACCAUGAAGUGGACAAUAUCAAGCGGAAGCUCAAACAAGAUAUUUAUAAGAACACCGAGUUGAAGAUGGCGUUUAUUGUAGUUUCCAAGAGAAUCAACACCAGGAUUUUCACAGAGAAGGAUAACCCGCCACCAGGCACAGUCGUCGACGAUGUUAUCACCCUUCCUGAGAGAUAUGACUUCUACAUCGUUUCCCAGUGCGUCCGACAGGGAACGGUCGCCCCUACUAAUUACAACGUCAUUGAAGAUACGCUUGGACUGAGUCCGGACCGGAUGCAGAUGCUGACUUACAAAUUGACUCACAUGUACUACAAUUGGAGUGGUACCGUACGAGUCCCCGCCCCUUGCCAGUAUGCUCACAAGUUGGCUUUCAUGGUGUCGCAACACCUACAUCGUCCGGCUCACCGUGACCUCGAAGACAUUCUGUAUUACCUAUAAUUUUUAAAGUUAAGUUGUGAUGUUGAGGUUACACCAGAUACCUCCGAAUUUCGAGUUACUUUUCUUUUUCUUUUGUUUUCAUUUAGUUGUAAGAGAUAAAAUCAAUUCCGACGAAUGAUUGAUUUCGUCAUCUAUGAGAUUUUUCGUUUCGGAUUUUAUUGAAGUGAAUAUUAUUACCAUUGAUUUCUGUUAGAAUAGAAGUUCGUUAUGUUCUCAAUGAUGAGAAUUUACUCUAGACGUUUUGUUAUAUUUUUAUAUAACGUAUAAAAAGUUUUAUAUUAAA